AAGCGGCGGCACCACCGCGCGCCGCUGGCACGAGACCGCGCGCGGCAGACCCGGAUUCUGCCAGCAGCUUGCUUUUCAUUUCCUGGUGGGGCGGCUGUGGAUGUUUUCUGCUCCUCGGGGCUUCAUGCAACUCCUGCUGUUUGGCCAUGUGAAGUCCGCCAUCCAAACCAGGCGGCUGCUUUGCUGUGCUUUGGCAGAUGCUCUGACUUCCCAGAGGCUCCAUGAAGAUGGUUGUUCCUGGGAGCGCCCCUGUAAUUCAACCAGACCAUAAUCUUGGAAAUGAACUGGGCUGUGUCUCAACAGAGACCUCUGUGAUGGGUCCAGGUGCAGAACCAAUGGCUGAUCAGGUGGGCCCUGAACUCGAAGAGGUGCGAAAACUCCAAGAACUUGUGAGGAGACUUGAACUCCAGAAUCAACAGUUGAGAACUAGGAGCUUCCAAAGUGCACCAGAGGCAAAAAUGCUGAGCCAAGCUGGUGCUGGAACGAAUAAUUGUAAUUCCAGGCUCAAUGGGAUGGAAAUGAAUAAUAGCAUCAAUGUACUGAUAGAUAAGCAGGAAUUACAGAUAGUGGCCGAUCUGCGCUCCGCUCUGAGUAAAACAAGGUCAGAAGGAAGCAGGAGUGAUGAGGUCUUCGAAAAGGACGUAGGGACGACAACUGUGCAGCUCCACUGUGCUUCUGAGGAAAAGAGUUUCACCACAAAGUUUGUGAGCAAUACAGAACUGCAGGGCAGUGAUGCUAGCACCAACAGUUCCUCUGACUGGGAUUAUGGCAGCUCAGUGCUGGAAGACUUCACUGCUGGGACUGAGCCAGGGCUGGCAGUGAGUGAAAGGAGCACUGGUCGAGAAGGGCCCUUGGAUGAGACAACUUUGGAUGGAGUGGAAGUGUUGGAGCUUGAGAAUGGCAGCGAUGAAGAUGACAGCUGGCUGUAUGUCUCUCCAAGAAAGUCAUCAACAGAUGGAAAAGAAUCUGCCCUCAAAUGGUGUAGGCAAGUUUUGGACCACCCCAGUCCUGAGACGGAGGCAGCUUGCCGUACUCUCCUCAGCAGACUUGACCAAGCCAGUAGGUGGAAAUCCUUGUAUUGCAGUCCACUGGCGUCUCCAAGUGUGCAUAACAUGAAUGCGGACACAGGGUCCUGUAGCAAUGCACUAAACUCUCCCGGGCACUACAAAUCAACUAACAAACCGCUACUAACUUGUGGCAGCUCAGGUUAUCUGAGCUUGCAUUCGGCACUGAGCUCUCAGUCUUCUGUCGAUAGUGAACUCAGUACUUCUGAUGAUUCCAUCUCGCUGGGCUACAAACUGCAGGACCUCACUGACGUGCAGGUUAUGGCUCGCCUGCAGGAAGAAAGUCUUCGGCAGGACUGCGCCUCCAGCUCCGCGUCUGUUUCACGUCGCAGCUCCAGUGCAUCUCUGCAUUCCUUGCGCAGAGGUACCUACAGUGACCAGGAUUUUGACACAUACAGUUUGGAGGAUGAGGACGACGACUGCUCCUUCUCCUAUCACAGUAGUCAUAGAUACUCACCAUCCCCGCUCAGCUCACCGCGCUGCCAGUCCCCAUCCACAAACACAGACUAUGGCAGGGCAUCGGGCACCCGGAUCCGGCCCCCACGAAGAACAAUGCAAAGUCCAGUGCAAGAUAGGCUGAAAUAUUCUGGGAAUGAAGAGGAGCUGCAGCACAGUAUGCCUAACCUGGCCAGAACUGGGCUGCGUUCCUUCGAAUCAGUGAGGAACAGCCGCAGCUUGGAAUCGGAUCUGCAGGUUCCCGGUAGUCGACUCUCCAGAAUCCAACAGCCAUCAUCCAGUCUGACGCCAAGCAAGCUCCACUAUUCUUCCAGUGCAUGCCAGUCCCCCUUAACAGUUCGACAGCCAGUGAAAGCAGGCUCCUGUGCCAACUCUCUCCUAACGCCACGUCAGCCAGUUAGAGCAACUGGUUUUGCCAAUCCUGCUGGCAGAGUCCGAAAACUACAGUCUCCGGCACUGAGUUCUGUGGGUAGUAGCAGUUCUGGGGCCAGAAGCAGUACUGUGGCUACAGCAGCAAAAAAUUCCUUACCAAAAAGUAAAACGUCAGUUGGGGGAACGUCCUCUCUGAAGAGCAAGCUGACUCAUCCGGUCAAGAGGUUUCCAAAGGCUAACGUUGCAUCUGUUGAUGAUUCUUGGAAAGAUGGAUGUUACUGAGCCAACCUGAAGAUGUGGAACAACAGCCCAGCUGGCUGGGUAGAAGGAGAUUCUUAGAAUUCUAGUCCUCUCCGUUGCCAGUACAUUUGACGAACUGGGAUUACCUUUUUCUGAAUUUAAACCACCUUUGCCUUUGCUUUGACUCGAUGGUGGGAAGGGACUGCCUUUUUAUUCCUGCUGUUAUAGUUUGGUUGUUGAACCCUGAUUAACAGUCCCUUUUGUACUUGGAAGUACAGAUGGAUGCCUGAUACCCACACUUGAAGAUUUACUCAUGGUGCUUACUAGGAGGCAGAGAGCUCCCAUGGCUGUGAAAAACUUUUCAUUUUGUGGUUUCUUUUGUUUUGCAAAAGGGAGCUAGAGAAGUAGGAAUAAUUAGAAACUACUCUUUACAAUGUCACCUGGACCAUCUUAACUUUGUUAGGAAACUCAGAGGUUACUUUUAUUAGUCCUGGAUAUGUGUCUCAUUACUUAUUAUUGUAGAGGAAGGAACAGGUUUUUAAAAAGAAUAGUAAUCCUGAGCUUUGUAUCAACUGUCAGAAGAGAGUGUCUUACGUUCAGGAGCAUCAGCACCACUGCCAAGGUCCUUGUGCAGCUCGUGUGCCCUGUAAUACCAUUUGUUUUCUCAUCUUUUAGCUGGACAAAGCCAGUCCUUGGUGCAGGUAAGGAGUACCACUUUGGCAAACUGUGUGCACAACUGAAGUGUUUUUUUGCCCAGUCAUCUAAGUACAGAUGCUAAGAUUCUGCUUUCUGUUUUUGUAUAAAUAUUUUUAUUGUACUUUUUUUGAUGAAGGAACUUGGUUUAUAAACUUAAAUCAGUGGCUGCUGGAGCUUGCUAAAUGCAAGAACACAAUCAUACCUGGGAAAAGAAACUGGCUUGCUAGCCCUACUUCCUGCCACUAAUGUGACUUGAUAUUGUAGUUAAUAAAUGUGAAGGGGCUAGUAUUGUUUUAGUAGCAAAUCUGUUUCCGCUACUUUCUUUUCAAAGGGGUAUAGGUGCAUAGUUAAACAAAAGAGAAAUGAUUUCUCUCUCUAUGGGGUUUCUGCUUCAGUUAAGGCAGUGUAGAUUCCUGUGAAAAGAUGGAAGACAGACAUGAGUUGAUGCUUAAAGGCAAUAUUUAUGUGCAGUCAUUAUGUGAAACUAUAGGUGGGGAGAAAGGAACUUGACGUAUAUUGCAGUCACACUUUUUGAGCUAAUUUUGAUUCCAAAUAAUGACGCACAAUAUCCGCAAAAGCAAACUAAGUAGCUUUUGCAGAACAAUAUUUAUGCCAACUGUAGCUAAGGGAAAACAGGCUGUGAAGAAUCUGUAGCCUUCCCCCAUCUAGUUGCCCUCCAGAUGUUUUGGGCUUCAUUUCCCAUCAACCAUUGAACUGACGACUACCAUGCUUAUAGUCUAAAGCAACUGGAGCGCACCAUGCUGGGAAAUGCUGCUGAAGUACCAAAUGUAUGUAUACUCGGUGCAAUUUGACCUUAGUUUCCUUAAAUUGGGAGAAAUCGGCCCAUUUUGAUCAAAGGAUGUUAAUGACAAUUAAUCCUAAACAAGCAAGUGGGUUUAAGGUGCUUGCAGAAGAUAUUAUUGAGCAAUACAAAUGUAUGAACGCAGAUCUUCUGCAGUAGGAUAUGUUCAAGCAAUUAAGACUGCUUAUGUAACCUCAGUGCUAAUUAGUCUGAAGUGACAACAGCUAAAACAGGACGAGUAGGAAAGACUUGGCGGUGGUAUCAGUUUAUAGUUAGCACCUCAAAAAUUAUCACACAAUAGGUGCAACGUAGAAGAGCCAAGAAUCACAUUUGGUAUCAAAAGAGCUAGACUUGUUCAAGAACAACGGCGGAGUGCACGGAGAAUGACUGUACUUGCACUAUGCCAAGAGGCAGAUAAAUAGGCUGACCUACGGGCAAUUUUUGGGGUAACAUUUUGUCUACUAACUUGAAAUCUCAACAGCUCGAUUGGUUUGUUAUAUAAGUUAUAUUUCCAGAAGUGUAUAGAAGACAAAAAAAUCACCAGAAUACAUUUCAGGAAGUAAUACACCACCCCAAAUCCACAUGAAGGCUUACAUCAACUACUUUCAGUACAAUAAGUUUAUUCAAACAGAUUAACUUUAUUUUACAAUAAAUGCAUCAGUGCAUUUUUUAAAAGAGGACGCAAUUUCUCAAGUUUACAUAGCAAUCAGAAUCUGAAAGUUAACAAUGACAACUACUAACAGUUGCUAGGACAUGCACAAUGAACUGAACAUUUAUUUGUGCCUGGAAAGAUACUCGGCAGGGGAGAGGGACAAGAGCCCUUCUCAGACAGGGCCUGUGUCAAACCAGGACAAACAAGGAGAACCCCUGGAGGCCUCAGCCUCUUCAGCCCAGAGAAGGAAGAAAAUUAUGCCUGUGUAGCAGUGCUUACCUCUGUCUAGAUGUCGGGAACCUGGCUACAGAAG